ACUAGUGUAUCAAAAUAAUCUACACUGGCAGCAACCAUGGUGAAACUCUCGGGUUUCUUCAUCCUCCUCACCUUGGCAAUGGUCGCAGUGGCCAGUGCGUCGGCGACAGCUAUAGGCACAGAGGGUGCUUGUGUCGGUGACAUAUUCGCCCUAAUCCCAAAGUGCAUACUCUACGUGAUCGGCCCGCCGGGCACGAAGACUAAGCCAUCGCAAGCAUGCUGCGACACAUGGCGGAAGGUGGAUAUACCAUGUCUGUGCUCCAAGGUGGACGCUGAUGUCGAGUCGAUUAUAGACAUGGAGGAAGUUGUGUACGUCGCUGACUACUGCAAGCGACCACUCACGCCUGGCUCCAAGUGUGGAACUUACACUGUCCCCUCUGCUGGCGGAUAAAUCAAGCGAGAAAUACUGGUGACCGCUUCGUGUGCUAUGGUCUCUACCUUCGAAAUUCACUUGACUUGUAUCCUGAACUCAGCCAAGUGAUUCUCUAAGGUGCAUGUCAUGUCAUCAAGGAAUGCACAAGCGGACAACAAAGACAUGCUAUGAUCUUUGUUUUGUAGGGAGCACCCAAGCUAUGUCCAAUUUGUUUUACAAAAUCGAUGAUAUGAAGUUCUAUUACCUUUA